AUGGGCAUUACAACAAGCUUUUUUUUUACUUAUAAUAUGUUUCUUGAUAAAAAUGAAACUCUUAAUCAUUGGGCGAUAGAAUUAGAUUCUGUAAUUUUCACCUUUGGUCUUCAACUUCUUUCAGAUGAUGGUGAUAAAGAUGAAAUAUGUUUGAACCAAUGUCAUGUACCUAUCCCCAACAGUGCUCCAGCAUAUGAACCAAUUUCUGACGAUGAAUCAAAAUUACUUAUCCCGGUUAAAGCUGAUGAGUAA